AUGUCGUCGGCCCUCAACGCGAUCCGUCGCAAGAAGAAUGUCAAGAAGGGAAUCCAGUUCUGUCUGAUGGUGUGCGGUGCUAGUGGAACGGGGCGCACAACUUUUGUGAACACUCUAUGCGGCAAGACGGUACUGGAGGGCAAGGACUCCGAUGAUCCAGAGCACGCUCACGUCGAGGAGGGCGUCCGCAUUAAGCCUAUUACUGUCGAGCUCGAAUUGGACGAUGAGGGAACUCGCAUUUCUCUGACCGUUGUUGAUACCCCCGGCUUCGGUGAUCAGAUCGACAACGAGGCAAGCUUCGGUGAAAUUGUCGGCUUCUUGGAGCGCCAGUACGAUGAUAUCCUGGCAGAGGAAUCCCGCAUCAAGCGUAAUCCUCGCUUCAGAGACAACCGUGUUCACGUGCUACUCUACUUCAUCACACCUACCGGUCACGGUCUCCGUGAGCUCGAUAUCGAAUUGAUGAAGCGUCUCUCCCCCCGUGUCAACGUCAUUCCCGUCAUCGGCAAGGCCGAUUCCCUCACUCCCGCCGAGUUGGCCGAAUCCAAAAAGUUGAUCAUGGAAGACAUUGAGCACUAUCGCAUCCCCGUCUACAAUUUCCCCUACGAUAUCGAGGAGGAUGACGAGGACACAGUUGAGGAGAAUGCUGAACUUCGAGGGUUGAUGCCGUUCGCCAUCGUGGGAUCCGAAGACUUUGUGGAGAUCGAUGACCGAAAAGUGCGCGCCCGACAGUAUCCGUGGGGUGUAGUUGAGGUUGAGAACCCUCGACACUCCGACUUUUUGGCCAUCCGAAGUGCCCUCCUUCACAGCCACUUGGCGGAUCUCAAGGAGAUUACGCACGAUUUCCUCUACGAGAACUACCGUACUGAGAAGUUGAGCAAGAGUGUCGACGGUGGUCUAUCUGGCCUGGACUCAUCCAUGAACCCAGAGGACCUUGCCUCUCAGUCUGUGCGCUUGAAGGAGGAGCAACUCCGUCGUGAGGAGGAGAAGCUCCGUGAGAUUGAGCUCAAGGUGCAGCGUGAAAUUGCUGAGAAGCGACAGGAGCUGUUGGCCCGCGAGAGCCAGCUGCGGGAGAUCGAGGCGCGCAUGGCCCGUGAGGCCAGCCAAAGCAAUGUCAGCGAAGCCCCCACCGGGGAGGUUUGA